CAGUUCGAAAUCCGAGCUACAAAAACCCUCACGACUGUCUCCCUUCCCAUUAUCUCCACAUUAUACGACACCGCUUACUUUCGCAAAACGUUGCGACCGUCAUGCACUUCUGAAGAUAAACAACAUCAUAAAUCACGAAGUGGACCUGUGCUCAGCACACCGAUCACUUCCUUUUUAUCGAAGGGCCGUCUUUUUCGGGCCAUUUUGUGAUCCGCCAAAAUGGGUGCAUGCAUGAGCUCCAGUAAUGAGGAGGCGGAUCAGAAGAAGAAGAGUCAGGCUAUCGAUAAAAUUCUGGAGGAAGACUCGAAACGAUUACGGAAAGAAUGCAAGAUUUUGCUGCUAGGUUCUGGUGAGAGUGGCAAGUCGACGAUUGUCAAACAGAUGAAAAUUAUCCAUCUCAAAGGCUACUCGGAAGAUGAGCUGUUCAAUUACCGGCCAACUGUUUUCAAAAACCUUGUCGAGUGCGCCAAAGCUGUUAUCAUGGCCAUGCAACAAUUCGACAUCGAGCCCCAAAACGAAGAGAACAAGGCACAUGCGGAAUUCCUGUUAGAAUACCAAGCCGAGUCUGGUCCUCAAGCGCAAAUCGAUCCGAAAGUGGGCGCAGCGGUACAAUCUCUGUGGAACGAUCCAGCGAAGGAUCUUCUUAUGGAGCAUCAGACAGAGUUCUACCUCAUGGAUUCCGCGGAAUAUUUCUUUCAAGAAGCAAUGCGAAUAGUAGCAUCAGACUAUCUACCGAACGAAAUGGAUGUGCUCCGAGCGCGAACGAAGACGACAGGUAUCUAUGAGACGAGAUUCCAAAUGGGGCAACUAAGCAUUCAUAUGUUCGAUGUUGGUGGUCAACGAAGUGAGAGAAAGAAGUGGAUACACUGCUUUGAGAACGUCACAUCAAUCAUCUUCUGUGUGGCAUUGAGCGAAUAUGAUCAAGUCCUGCUCGAGGAGAGCAGUCAGAACCGAAUGAUGGAGAGUUUGCUCCUUUUUGACUCGGUUGUCAACUCACGGUGGUUCAUGCGUACUAGCAUCAUCUUGUUCCUCAACAAGGUUGAUAUUUUCAAACAAAAGCUGAGCAGGUCUCCGCUGGGUAAUUACUUUCCCGAUUACUCGGGUGGUAACGACGUCAAUAAAGCAGCCAAGUAUCUACUCUGGCGAUUCAAUCAGGUCAAUCGGGCGCAUCUAAACCUGUAUCCCCACUUGACGCAAGCAACAGAUACGUCAAACAUUCGACUCGUUUUCGCUGCAGUCAAAGAGACUAUCUUGAAUAACGCACUUAAGGACUCGGGCAUUCUUUGAUAGCGAAUCACUGCUCAUUUGAAUUUACAACCACGAUGUUAAGGGCACGGAACUGUUGGCUGGCGUCAAGAGCAUUUUUCUUUUGUGGAGUCUGGGGUACGGGGCUCAGGACGACAUCGAUUUUAUACGAU